AGAGACCAAGUCCUGCUCCACCUCGUCCGCUUCGACCUCUUCCUUCACGGCCCCGUCUCUUCUUCUUCCGUACCUCUCUUCCCUUCUUUUUCCUUCUUCCUAUUUUUUUAAAUCGCUGCGCUCCCUCUCCCCUUCCCUCAUUCUCCGUGACCCUUAUUCCUCCUCUGCUUGCACCCCCCUCAACCGGCCUGUCAGCAGUUUUUGGGAGCGGAAGAAGAAGAAAUUCUUCAAGGGCCUUGACAUUCAGGACCUCCAGUCAAUUCGCCCGCACAAUUGAGUGAUUAGGACGUUGUUCAUUCGCUCACCAUGGCCGCCGAACUUCUCCAGAGCCUACCCAGGCCAACCAUUGACCGGCCGUUUGGCAUUCACCUAUGGCCUAUCUUCGACAAGGCCUUCGAGCUUGUUGUCGGAUAUCCUGCUAGCGAGUUCCGUUUUGUCGAGGGCGUCACUCCGAUGUCUACAUUCAAGGAAACCGCCGUGAUGCUCGUGGCUUACUAUGUCAUCAUCUUCGGUGGUCGCGCAUUCAUGAAGGACCGCCCUGCUUUCAAGCUCAACACGCUAUUCAUGAUCCACAACUUCUACCUCACUGCGAUUAGCGCAACGCUCUUGGCCUUGUUCAUUGAACAACUUCUGCCUACCCUCUGGAGACACGGUAUUUUCUAUACUAUCUGCACGCACGAGGGUGGAUUCACACAACCCCUGGUCGUACUGUACUACCUCAACUACCUGACCAAGUACCUUGAGCUUCUUGACACGGUCUUCCUGUUCCUCAAGAAGAAGCCAUUGACCUUCCUUCACACCUACCACCACGGUGCCACCGCUCUCCUUUGCUACACCCAGCUCAUUGGCUUGACUGCUGUUCAGUGGGUGGUCAUUGACAUCAAUCUCUUGGUUCACGUUGUUAUGUACUGGUACUACUUUCAGAGCGCUCGGGGUAUUCGCAUCUGGUGGAAGGAAUGGAUCACUCGUCUCCAGAUUAUUCAGUUCGUCAUCGAUCUUGGAUUCGUUUACUUUGCUUCCUACACCUAUUUCUCCUCGACCUACUUCCCUUGGGCUCCCAACAUGGGACAGUGCGCUGGAGAGGAAUUCGCCGCUUUCUCCGGAAUGGCCGUCAUCACUUCUUAUCUGUUCUUGUUUAUCUCGUUCUACGUCGCUACCUACAACAAGGCCGCCAAGACUGGUCGUCCUCGUCGCAACACCGGCAGACAGGCUGUUAUCGACAUGGCUAAGUUUGAGGUGUCUGCUCCCGCCACUCCCAACGGACAAGCUAAGUCGAACGGUGCUGCGGUGUCCACUGGUCGCUCCAACGGCCCUGUCACUCGCUCCCGCAAGGCCUAAGCGCUGAAGCGGUGACACCGUCUCGGGAGGCACAUGUCUUCACUUGUUGGACAACCCGCUCAGCAUAUCGGCUUCGAAGCGCAAAUCCUGCCUCCCAUUCCAUUCACAG